AAGUAGAUGUAAUCUUUAGCAAAAGAAAACAAUUUGAAACUGAUCUAGCUGUAAUUACAGGUUUAAUUACAGCUGUAAAUUCUAAUCAAACUGAUUCAUAUAUAGAUCUUAAACAAGAUAAUGAUGCUUCUGAAGAUUUGUCAUCAGAUUUGUUAUGUGACAAUAAUGUGUAA